CGCCGUGUGCUUUUUAAAAGGCCGGCUUCCGGUAUGACUCGGGCAGCCUGCGAGUCUUAUGUAAAUCGGGCUGGCUUGUUGCUGCUGACUCGCCCGGCGUGUGUUGGGCGAGCCGUUGCUAAGGGAAGCCCGCGAUCGGGAGAGUGGUCGUGUGAACGGGGGCAGAAAAGCGCUGCAUCGGCCGGCGCCUCUACGACGAGAACGAGGACCUGUCCGACGUGGAGGAGAUCGUCAGCGUGCGCGGCUUCGACCUGGAGGAGAAGCUGAGGAGCCGCAGCUACCGCGGGGACUUCGUGAGGCCCAUGGACGGCCAAGAUUUCAAUUUUGAAUACGUGCAGCGGGAAGCGCUGAAAGUCCCUCUCAUCUUCCGAAGUAAGGCUGGACUGGGAAUUAAAAUGCCUGAUCCAGACUUCACUGCCCAAGAUGCUAAAAUGCUUGUGGGGAGCCGACGGACCGUGGAUGUAGUGGAUGUGAACACCCAAAAAGGCAUUGAAAUGAGCAUGGCUCAAUUUGUGCGGUACUAUGAAACCCCUGAGGUGGAGCGCGAGAAGCUGUACAACAUGAUCAGCCUGGAAUUCAGCCACACUAAACUGGCCAAUAUUGUCAAGCGUCCCAAUGUGGUGGAUUUAGUAGACUGGGUGGACAACAUGUGGCCGCGGCAUUUAAAGGAAAGGCAGACCGAGUCCACAAAUGCCAUUUUGGAGAUGAAAUAUCCCAAAGUGAAAAAGUACUGCUUGAUGAGCGUGAAAGGAUGCUUCACCGAUUUCCACAUUGAUUUCGGAGGCACUUCGGUGUGGUAUCACGUUUUCCGGGGAGGAAAGAUCUUUUGGCUGAUUCCUCCAACAUUGCAGAACCUAGAACUUUACGAGGAAUGGGUUGUCUCUGGGAAGCAAAGUGAUAUUUUUCUGGGGGACCGCGUGGAGCUGUGCCAAAGAAUCGAACUGAAACAAGGCUACACUUUCUUCAUUCCUUCAGGGUGGAUACAUGCGGUUUACACCCCAGUUGAUUCCUUGGUGUUUGGUGGAAAUAUCUUGCAUAGCUUUAACGUUCCCAUGCAGCUUCGCAUUCAUGAAAUUGAGGACAGAACAAGGGUACAAGCCAAGUUCCGCUACCCAUUUUACUAUGAGAUGUGUUGGUAUGUUUUGGAGAGAUACAUGUUCUGUCUAACCCAGCGCUCUCAUUUCAGCAGGGAGUAUCUACAAGAAUCAAUGUUAAUUGAUACCACGAGGAAACGUAGCUUGGACAGCUUCUCAUCCGAUUCCUGGGGAGACAUGGAUGAGGAUUUGUGCGAUGUUGGUUCCCAGGAAGACAAGGACAACAACCCAGAAAAAGUCCCCAAAAUCUCAUCUGACGUCCCCUCUUCUCCUAACAGCACACACUCGGAGGGGAAGGAGAUGUUGGGGAAGAAACCAAAAUCUCGCUUCUUCAAAAGGACUCUGUCCAACGAGUCGGAGGAAAGUAUAAAGUCAGCCACGGUGGACUAUUCCAAAACCCCCGCAGGGUCUCCUGCCACGGAGGUCCCCGCCAAGUGGACUCACUUGACCGAAUUUGAGCUGAAAGGUUUGAAGGCCCUAGUGGAAAAACUAGAAUCUCUUCCGGAGAACAAGAAAUGCGUCCCCGAAGGCAUUGAAGACCCUCAAGCUCUCCUGGAAGAUAUGAAGAACAUCCUGAAGGAACAUGCAGAGGAUGACCAGAGUCUGGCCAUUUCUGGGAUCCCCGUGGUAUCCUGGCCUAAGAAAAACGCAAAGAACCGGACUGUUGGGCGUCCCAAGGGGAAGCUGGGUCCUUCCUCGGCCGUGAAGCUUGCAGCGAAUCGGACGACUGCAGGCGCGCGCCGGAGAAGGACGCGAUGUCGCAAGUGCGAGGCCUGCUUGAGGACAGAGUGUGGCGAAUGUCACUUCUGCAAGGACAUGAAGAAGUUUGGGGGGCCUGGCCGGAUGAAGCAGUCCUGCAUUAUGAGGCAGUGCAUCGCGCCGGUGCUGCCUCACACCGCAGUGUGCUUGGUGUGUGGAGAAGCCGGCAAGGAAGACACAGUGGAGGAAGAAGAGAGCAAAUUUAAUCUGAUGCUUAUGGAGUGCUCAAUCUGCAACGAAAUCAUCCACCCGGGGUGCCUCAAGGUCCGAGAAUCGGAUGGCGUGGUGAACGAGGAGCUUCCGAAUUGCUGGGAAUGUCCAAAGUGCAACCAUGCUGGAAAAACGGGGAAAGCGUACAAGCAAAAGCGGGGUCCUGGGUUCAAGUACGCCUCCAACCUGCCGGGCUCUUUGCUCAAGGAGCAGAAGAUGAACCGGGAGAACAAGGAAGCCGUCCCCGAGGUCCCCAAGCGGAAAGUCGAGUGCGAGGAAUCGCCCCGCAAGAAAUCCGACGAGCGCCCUCCGAAGCCCCCGCUGGACCCUCUCCUGAGGAGGAAGUCGGAGGAAGCCCACCUGCGCCGCAAGCGGAAAUUUGAGAAGCCCCAAGAGCCGGCGAUGAGGAAGCGGCUAAAACUGGGCAAAGAAGAGAAGCUGUUCAGGAAAAAGAGGCGCUCCUGGAAGACCCCCGACGAUCGGGUGGCCGCCCUCAAGCCCCUGCGGCGCUUCAAGCAAGAGCCGGGCGAGGCCUUCCCGGAGGAGCCUCCAAAAACCAAGGAGAGCGACCAGUCGCGUUCCAGCUCACCCACGGCGGGGCCCAGCUCGGAAGGGGCCGAGUCCCGGGAGAAGAAGAAAUUCAAGAUCCGCCGGAAAGCGCGCCUGCCGAACAAGGAGCUGAGCAAGGAGCUGAGCAAGGAGCUAAACCAGGAGAUCCAGAAGACGGAGAACAGCCUGGCCAACGAGAACCACCAGCCGCCCAUCAAGUCGGAGCCGGAGAGCGAGAACGAGGAGCCCAAGCACGGCCUCGGCCUGGAGCGGCCGCAUCCGCUCAGCAAGGGCUUCAACGGGACGCCGCGGGAACUCCGCCACCAGCUCCUCUCCAGCCUCCGCAGCAACAGUACCCCUAGGGCCGUCGCCCGGCCCCCGCCUUCCCUCUCGCCUCCCAAGUGCAUGCAGAUGGAGCGGCACGUGGUCCGGCCGCCCCCCAUCAGCCCCCCGCCGGACUCGCUCCUGCUGGAUGAUGGAGCGGCCCACGUGAUGCAGAGGGAGGUGUGGAUGGCCGUCUUUGGCUGCCUCAGCCCCCGAGAGCUCUGCGUCUGCAUGAGGGUGUGCCGGACCUGGAAUCGGUGGUGCUGUGAUAAAAGACUGUGGACCAAAAUAGACCUCAACCAUUGUAAAUCCAUCACUCCCCUGAUGCUGAGUGGCAUCAUCAGAAGACAGCCGGUCACGCUAGACCUGAGUUGGACAAAUAUAUCGAAAAAGCAGCUGAGCUGGCUUAUCACCCGCCUUCCAGGUCUCCGGGAUCUGCUUUUGGCUGGGUGCUCGUGGAUUGCCGUGUCCGCUCUCUGCAGCUCCAGCUGUCCCCUUCUUCGAACUCUGGACAGCCAAUGGGUGGAAGGCCUGAAGGAUGCUCAGAUGAGAGACCUUUUGUCACCGCCAACUGACAACCGGCCAGGCCAGAUUGACAACCGCAGCAAACUGCGCAACAUCACAGAUCUCCGCCUGUCCGGCUUGGACAUCACGGAUGCUUCUCUGCGUCUGAUUAUCCGGCACAUGCCUCUCCUGUCCAGACUCAACCUCAGCUACUGCAAUCACGUGACAGACCAGUCCAUCAACUUGCUAACGGCGGUGGGGACCACCACGCGGGACUCCCUAACCGAGGUUAUUUUGAAAGACUGCAACAGGGUGACGGAUCAGUGCCUGUCAUACUUCAAGCGCUGCGGGAGCAUCUGCCACAUCGACCUCCGUUAUUGCAAGCAGGUCAGCCGGGAAGGCUGCGAGCGCUUCAUCGCCGAGAUGUCGGUCAGCGUCCAGUUCAGCCAGGCAGAGGAGAAGCUGCUGAAGAAGCUGAGCUAGUAUUGACAAGGACACAGUUUUCAAGGGAGGCGAAGAAGCAGGGCGAAAAAAAGGACCGAAGGAAGUCGGAGGGGUGUUUCCCCCACUCACCCACCCGACACGCGGCUUGGAUGUCGUGCGAACAGACCCGACUGUGCAGGAAUGUACGGCAGGCAGCCAGGUUAGGAAUCUGGCGCUCUGGGGGGCCAUCGGUGUUCCUUCCUGGGAUUUUCACGUGCCGAGAAAGAUACGGACGGGCCGACUCAGAACUGUGGCCGGAGCGCCUGUACAUUUGGUUUAAGACUUUCUCCAGGCCUCCGAAGCGAAACGCUCGUUCUGCUCUGGUGAAGGUCCCCCUGCCUCUUCUUGCCUUCGGGACUGGUUGGUUUGUUUUUUUCCUUCCCGUUAUAUGUUGACCUUAUGCAAAACUAUUUUUGUACAAAUCCCUUUAAAAAGUUAUUUAUGCAAAGUUCUCGGAUGCAUUUCCGGCGUUUUGACUUGGGUUUUGCGUUGCCAAAUGUUUCUGGAGUAGGGGGAGCAGACUUCGGAAAAGAGACACAACCGAUCGAAAUGGAUAUUCCCCACUUUUGAAGGGGUGAAGGGAAAACAGGGGCAUACUUUAUGAUGGGGGAGGGGGAAAUAGCAUGUUUUGUAUGCCGCUUUGUAUACUCAAGCAACACAGUAAGGCAUGUUGUGGAAAAGAGGUGUACAGAUGAAGGAUGAAAGUGUUAUUAAAUUCUCCCCGUAUAAAGUCCAUUUUCCCUUUAAUUUUGAAAGCUUUUCAGUGACAGCUAGUCUCCUGGAAAAGCAUUAAGAUAUUGGGCCUUUGAAACCCAUCUGCAAGUUAAGGAGUUCUGGUUUUUUAAAAAAAUGAAUUGUUAUAAUUUAACUUGGUUAACUAUUUUUUUUUUAAAAGUGGGUGGGUGGGAAUUCAAUAUACAGUACAUUUAAGUGCCAUUGUUGUAAAGUGGUCUCUCUCCGAUUGAUUUCCUUCCUCAUGCAUUUUUACCUCUGUUGAAAUUUGUAUAAAUGAUUGUACAAAAAUAAGAGGCUAGGUGGGCAAACUGCUCGUUUGUAUUAUACAUGUUGAACCUUUGUAAUAAUUUCCUGGAAAAGCCCCCCUGGCUUCAACCCCCCCCUCCGUUGUUUUCCAAGAGCAAACUCGGACAGUAAAGAGAUUCCGCGUUCAGUUGUUCUUCGUUAAUGGCACUUGUGAUCCAGGGGAAUCCAGUUGCUUUGUCCCUUGGGGAAAGUAAAAACUUUUCAUAGAAGAUCA